AUUUGGACAAGUCACAAGUUUGUAACUUUUCUCAAAACAAAUAAAAAAAUAUCUUUCAGUCGUAAUAUAAAUAGUUCCAAUUAAUUAAAAUAUUAUCAAAAAAAGGCAUAAAUGACUAGUUAAGCUUUAAGUUUAUUUUGAAAUAAUGGGAAACCACCAUUCCCAUAAGAACUCGAAGGAACACAAAGGAGAUAAAGUUGAUGGUGUUCCUCAUCCAGCACCGGAUAAUAUAUCAACUACAUCAUCAAAAAAGGGUAUUUCAAGAACGCCAUCAGGUACUGACAUUCAAGAUCGAACACCUUCACAAUUAAUUCCUGUUGAGAAUUUAGCAAAGAUAUUAUUGCAAAAAUCACAAGAAGAGGAUGCAGUUAAUGGAAUCACGAAAGGUGCUUUUGCUCGAUGGGUUUUUCCAAAAUAUCGCGAUUUUGCUGAAAGAUUAUUUCUUCAUUUACAUGAACAAGCCAGGGCUAAAACCGUUCAUUUAGGAGUUAUAGCCUUUAAACAACAAUGUGAAAAAUUUUUAUCGAUAAUGGAUGACGAUACAAUUCGAGAAGCAUACGUUUAUAUGUAUGCGGAGAGAGCAUCGGAGGAUGCUGGUGGUAAAAAUAGGGAAAUUAGACAAUCGAAUGUUAGACUUCUACUAAUGACAUGCUAUAGAAUAGCAAUGGACCAUUAUAGCGAAGGUCCCCAAACCUGUAUUCUUAUACAUAGAACUUUAAACUCCAUAGUUGAAUCCUGCUUUCAUUCUAAACAAUCACUGUCUGCUCAAUAUGUACUGCAUUGGAUUGAAGCAAAUUGUCCAAGAAUAUUAUUACCAUUACAUAGAUUUGCUGUUCACUCAUUAACAACUGCCUAUCGAGUGCUUGAAGUUGAUGAAGCACCGUAUGGUUUGGAACUUGCGACACCAGUUUUAGACAAGGCACCUUUAUUUUCACAAGGGUCUUCAAAAGGUGAUCGUUUAAUGCCUGUAUCCCAAGCGUGGUUGUUAGCUUCCGCAUUAAAUCCAUUAUAUUCACGUCCACAAAGUAUACCAAAUAAUGGUUCAUCAGCAUUUUUAUCGAGUCACGCAUUUUUAGCAAAAUUACUCUGUACAGUACCGUCUCAUUGGAUUUUAUUAUACAAUUCUGAUUUACACGGUCAAGGAACUAAUCGAUUUUUACAUCACGUGUUAGGAUACCGAGGUCCUACCUUGACUAUACUACGAGCUGAAGAAGGUAAUGUUUAUUGUAUUGCAUGUCCAUGUGAAUGGCGGGAAACACAUUUGUAUUGGGGUACAGAAGAAUGUGCAAUAUUUCAACUAUUACCUAAAUUUUUACUAAUUGAAAAAGGCCCAAAGAUGUUGUUUUUAAAUACAACAGUUCGAGGCUAUCCCAAAGGUUUACGUGCUGGUAAAGAUCCACGAAAACCAAUUAUUUCUAUUCAUGAAGGUUUUGAUAAAAUCGAUUUUAAAGGAAUUCCAUAUAAUUUAUUAGAGAUUGAGGUGUGGGGAUGUGGUGAUCAAGCACUUCGUGAAAAACAAUUAGAUAUUAAAAAUUGGCAAGUCAAAGAAGCUGAACGCCAAAGACAAGUAAAAUUAAGUGCAGCAGACUGGUUAGAUCAUCCUGAUCGUUAUUUAUUACAAUUAGCUGGCCGUCCUAAUUAUAGUGAUAAACAAAGUUAGUGUAGAUUCUUGUUCAUUUUGUUUUUAAAAAAAAUUCAAUACCAACUUAAUUAGAGUACUUAUAAAAUCACAAUAAUAUUCGUACUGUGAUGUUUUUAAAAAGUAUUUUUACAAC